AUUGAUAAAAAUAAGUAAAUCAUUCACUUACCGGAAGUAUAUCACAAUUAAGCGCGCGAGAGUCAGCCUCGUUGUGGUGUGGAUCGUGUCACUUGCAGUUGGGUUGCUUCCCUUUUUUGGAUGGAGUUCUAUGAAUAUUCUUUAUCUGUGCAGCUUUUUAAAGACAAUGUCUGAAUCUUUUAUAAUAUUUGUUUUGAUGCUCCACAUCGUUCCAUUUCUUUGUACUUUCUGUGCCUACAUUCGAAUGGCGGUAGUUGUUCAUCGCCAUGCUUCUGCCAUCAAGGAGAUACGAAGAGCAGGAAGGUCGCGGAGAAGAAGUUUAUCCAGUAUCCGGGCUGCCAUGGCCACUUUCAUUAUUGUUGGUGUGUACUUCCUGUGUUGGGCACCAAUUGGUUUGUUUACGGUAUUGGUGAUAUUGUUUAAGAUCGAAGUGGACCUAUCAGGGUAUUGGUCAGAGGACGUGGUCUUUACGUACCUUUUCGCUUUUAGUAUCGCCAAUAGUGCUUUGAAUCCACUAAUUUAUGCAUCGAAGUUGGACAUUAUUAGAAAGAAGUUUCGGGUCUCUUUAGUCUACAGAUUCCUGAGACUUUGUUGCCAGCCUUCUGCUCGACAAGUUUAGAAACAUGUUAUUUU